GCUCUGCUCUUCCCUCGCUAGCUCGCCCUCGCGGGAGCGCUCGCACCUCCUCCCCAUACCUGAGCGGGGAGCGGCGGAGCGCGGCCUCGCCCCCGCCCACCCGCAACUCCUGCUCGGCCGCAGCUGCGCCGCCGCGGGAGUAAAGGUCGAGCCGGCCGCUGUGCCUCCAGGAAGCCGGCUGGGCAGGUCGGGGCGGAGGAGCCGGCGCAGGGGAGAAACUCCGGACCGGUCCAGGAAGAUGGCGCCAGGAGGGCCGGCCGCGGACUGAGCCGCGGAACAGCGGGCGGCGUGGACCGGCGUCCCGGGUGGGCAAGCAGGCAGGCGCGGGAGCCCGCGAGCGCGGAGCGGGCCGGGCCAUGUCGGUGGGCGAGCUCUACAGCCAGUACACAAGGGUCUGGAUUCCUGACCCAGAGGAAGUGUGGCGCUCGGCUGAACUCACCAAGGACUAUAAAGAGGGAGAAAAGAGCCUCCAGCUCAAAUUGGAAGAUGAAACUAUUCAGGAAUACCCAAUUGACAUCCAAAGCAACCAGCUGCCCUUCUUGCGGAAUCCAGAUAUCUUGGUGGGAGAAAAUGAUCUCACUGCCCUUAGCUAUCUCCAUGAGCCUGCAGUUUUGCAUAACCUGAAGGUUCGGUUCCUGGAGUCCAACCAUAUCUACACUUAUUGUGGUAUUGUGCUUGUUGCCAUUAACCCUUAUGAGCAGUUGCCAAUCUAUGGACAAGAUGUCAUCUAUGCCUACAGUGGCCAAAACAUGGGCGACAUGGACCCCCACAUCUUUGCUGUGGCAGAAGAAGCCUACAAGCAGAUGGCCAGGGAUGAGAAGAACCAGUCCAUCAUAGUGAGCGGGGAGUCUGGAGCUGGGAAGACAGUGUCAGCCAAGUAUGCCAUGCGCUAUUUCGCCACAGUCGGGGGCUCAGCCAGUGAGACCAACAUUGAAGAGAAGGUCCUGGCAUCCAGUCCCAUCAUGGAGGCCAUUGGGAAUGCCAAGACCACUCGCAAUGACAAUAGCAGUCGCUUUGGGAAGUAUAUUCAGAUCGGCUUUGACAAAAGGUACCACAUCAUUGGAGCCAACAUGCGGACCUACCUGCUGGAGAAGUCAAGGGUGGUCUUCCAGGCAGAUGAUGAGCGGAAUUACCACAUCUUUUACCAGCUCUGUGCUGCUGCCAGCCUCCCAGAAUUCAAAGAGCUUGCACUGACUUGUGCAGAGGACUUUUUCUAUACAUCACAGGGAGGAGACACGUCCAUUGAGGGUGUCGAUGAUGCAGAGGAUUUUGAGAAGACGCGACAGGCCUUCACCCUCCUUGGAGUGAGAGAGUCCCAUCAGAUAAGCAUUUUUAAGAUAAUUGCUUCUAUCCUGCACCUGGGAAGUGUGGAGAUUCAGGCUGAGCGUGAUGGCGAUUCCUGUAGCAUAUCACCCCAGGAUGAGCACCUAAGCAACUUCUGCCACCUGCUGGGAGUGGAGCACAGCCAAAUGGAGCACUGGCUGUGCCAUCGCAAGCUGGUCACCACCUCAGAGACCUAUGUCAAGACCAUGUCCCUGCAGCAGGUGGUCAACGCUCGCAAUGCCCUGGCUAAACACAUCUAUGCCAAACUCUUCAACUGGAUCGUGGAACACAUCAACAAGGCACUGCACACUUCCCUCAAGCAGCACUCCUUCAUCGGGGUCCUGGACAUCUAUGGGUUUGAGACCUUUGAAGUAAACAGCUUUGAGCAGUUCUGUAUCAACUUCGCUAAUGAAAAGCUCCAGCAACAGUUCAACUCGCAUGUGUUCAAACUGGAGCAAGAAGAAUAUAUGAAGGAGCAGAUCCCUUGGACCUUGAUUGACUUCUAUGAUAACCAACCCUGCAUCGAUCUCAUAGAAGCUAAGCUGGGUAUCCUGGACCUGUUGGAUGAAGAGUGUAAGGUCCCCAAAGGAACUGACCAGAACUGGGUACAGAAGCUCUAUGACCGGUACUCGAGCAGCCAGCACUUCCAGAAGCCCCGCAUGUCCAGCACAUCCUUCAUUGUGGUCCACUUCGCUGAUAAGGUGGCUAUCCUCUUGACUGUCUUGGCACUGCUUAGCCUACCACCAUUCCCAUUAGUGGCUGAUUUGUUUCAUGAUGACAAGGAUGCCACUCCUGCUACCACCCCAGCUGGGAAGGGAUCAUCUUCGAAGAUAAACAUUCGCUCUGCCAAGCCCCCCAUGAAGAUCUCCAACAAAGACCACAAGAAAACUGUGGGCCACCAGUUCCGCAACUCACUGAAUCGCCUGAUGGAGACUUUAAAUGCCACAACACCACACUAUGUCCGCUGCAUCAAGCCCAACGAUGACAAGCUGCCCUUUUACUUUGACCCAAAGAGAGCCGUGCAGCAACUCAGAGCCUGCGGAGUGUUGGAGACGAUUCGCAUCAGUGCAGCGGGCUACCCAUCCAGGUGGACCUACCAUGACUUCUUCAACCGGUAUCGGGUGCUGGUCAAGAAGAGAGAGCUCGCCAACACCGACAAGAAGGCCAUCUGCAAGUCUGUCUUGGAGAACCUCAUCAGGGAUCCUGACAAGUUCCAGUUUGGCCGCACCAAGAUCUUCUUCCGGGCAGGCCAGGUGGCCUACCUGGAGAAACUGCGGGCCGACAAGUUCCGAGCUGCCACCAUCAUGAUCCAGAAAACUGUCCGGGGAUGGCUGCAGAAGGUGAAGUACCACAGGCUGAAGAAGGCUACCGUGACCCUGCAGAAGCACUGCCGAGGAUACCUGGCCCGCAGGCUGGCUGAGCACCUGCGAAGAACACGUGCAGCUGUGGUGUUCCAGAAACAGUACCGCAUGCUGAGGGCCCGCCGCGCCUACCAGAGGACCUGCAGGGCUGCUGUCGUCAUCCAGGCCUUCGCGCGCGCCAUGUUUGUGCGCAGAAUCUACCGCCAGGUCCUCAUGGAGCACAAGGCCACCAUCAUCCAGAAGCAUGCCCGGGGCUGGAUGGCACGCAGGUGUUUCUGGCGGCUGCGACAUGCGGCCAUUGUCAUCCAGUGUGCCUUCCGCAGGCUGAAAGCCAGGCAAGAACUGAAAGCCCUCAAGAUAGAGGCCCGCUCCGCAGAGCACCUGAAACGCCUCAACGUGGGCAUGGAGAACAAGGUGGUCCAGCUGCAGCGCAAGAUUGACGAACAGAACAAAGAGAUCAAAACCCUGUUGGAGAAGUUGUCUACCAUCACCACCACGCACACCACAGAGGUGGAGAAGCUGAAUCGAGAGCUGGCAUGUUACCAGCAGAACCAGGGCGCUGAGGCCAGCCUGCAGCUGCAGGAAGAGGUACAGAGCCUGCGCACUGAGCUACAGCGGGCCCACUCAGAGCGGCAGGUCCUGGAGGAUGCCCACAGCAGGGAGACGGAUGAGCUGAGAAAGCGAGUUGCAGACCUAAAGCAAGAAAAUGCUCUGUUGAAAGAUGAAAAAGAACAGCUUAACAACCAGAUCCUGUGCCAGUCGAAAGAUGAAUUUGCUCAGAACUCUAUGAAGGAAAACCUUCUGAUGAAGAAGGAGCUGGAGGAGGAGCGAUCUCGGUACCAGAAUCUCGUGAAGGAAUACUCCCGCUUGGAGCAGAGAUAUGACAACCUGCGGGAUGAGCAAACCCCAGGCCACCGGCGGAACCCAUCGAACCAAAGUAGCUUAGAAUCUGACUCCAAUUACCCCUCCGUGUCUACCUCGGAGGUGGGAGACACUGAGGACGCCCUCCAACAGGUGGAGGAGAUUGGUGUGGAGAAGGCAGCCAUGGACAUGACAGUCUUCCUGAAGCUACAGAAGAGAGUGCGGGAGCUUGAACAGGAGCGGAAGAAGCUGCAGGUGCAGCUGGAGAAGAGAGAGCAGCAGGAGAGCAAAAAAGGCCAGAUGGAACAACCAAAGUAUGACAUAGGCUUGGACCAGGACUCAGAUCUGGCCUACAACAGUCUGAAGAGACAGGAGCUGGAAUCGGAGAAUAAGAAGCUGAAAAAUGACCUAAACGAGCUGAGGAAAGCUGUGGCUGACCAAGCCACACAGAACAACUCUCCUCACAGUUCCCCAGACAGUUACAGCCUCCUGCUGAACCAGCUCAAGCUAGCCAAUGAGGAGCUCGAGGUCCGCAAGGAGGAGGUGCUCAUUCUCAGGACCCAGAUUGUGAAUGCUGACCAGCACCGACUUGCUGGCAAAAGCACGGAGCCGAACAUUAAUGCUAGAACAAGCUGGCCUAACAGUGAAAAGCAUGUGGAUCCAGAAGAUGCCAUCGAGGCCUAUCAUGGGGUCUGCCAGACAAACAGGCUGCUAGAAGCCCAGCUGCAGGCCCAGAGCCAAGAACAUGAAGAGGAGGUGGAAAGUCUCAAGGCCCAGCUGGAGGCUCUAAAAGAAGAGAUGGACAAGCAGCAACAGACCUUCUGCCAGACACUGCUGCUUUCUCCAGAGGCCCAGGUGGAAUUCGGUGUCCAGCAGGAAAUAUCUCGGCUGACCAAUGAGAACCUGGACCUUAAAGAAUUGGUUGAGAAGCUGGAAAAGAAUGAGAGGAAGUUAAAAAAACAACUGAAGAUUUACAUGAAGAAAGUCCAGGACCUAGAAGCUGUCCAGGCACUGGCCCAGAGUGACCGGAGGCAUCAUGAGCUCACCAGGCAGGUCACGGUGCAGCGGAAGGAGAAGGACUUCCAGGGCAUGCUAGAGUACCACAAGGACGAUGAGGCCGCCCUCAUCAGGAACCUGGUGACAGACCUGAAGCCCCAGAUGUUGUCUGGCACGGUGCCCUGUCUCCCUGCCUACAUCCUUUACAUGUGCAUCAGACACGCGGAUUACACCAACGAUGACCUCAAGGUGCACUCGUUGCUGACUUCCACCAUCAAUGGCAUUAAGAAAGUCCUGAAGAAGCACAAUGACGACUUCGAGAUGACAACAUUCUGGUUAUCCAAUACCUGCCGCCUCCUUCACUGUUUGAAGCAGUACAGUGGAGAUGAGGGCUUCAUGACCCAGAACACCGCGAAGCAGAAUGAGCACUGUCUGAAGAACUUUGACCUCACUGAAUACCGCCAGGUGCUGAGUGACCUUUCCAUCCAGAUCUACCAGCAGCUCAUUAAAAUUGCGGAGGGCUUGCUGCAACCUAUGAUAGUUUCUGCCAUGCUGGAAAAUGAGAGUAUUCAGGGUCUAUCUGGUGUGAAGCCAAUGGGCUACCGGAAGCGCUCCUCCAGCAUGGUAGAUGGGGAUAACUCCUACUGCCUGGAAGCCAUCAUCCACCAGAUGAAUUCCUUUCAUAUGGUGAUGUGUGACCAGGGCCUGGAUCCCGAGAUCAUCCUGCAGGUGUUCAAACAGCUUUUCUACAUGAUCAACGCAGUGACUCUCAACAACCUCCUCCUGCGGAAGGAUGUCUGCUCCUGGAGCACGGGCAUGCAACUCAGGUACAACAUAAGCCAACUUGAAGAGUGGCUUCGAGGAAGAAACCUUCAGCAGAGUGGAGCAGCUCAGACCAUGGAGCCUCUGAUCCAGGCGGCCCAACUUCUACAGUUAAAGAAGAAAACUCGUGAGGAUGCAGAGGCCAUUUGCUCUCUGUGUACCUCCCUCAGCACCCAGCAGAUUGUCAAAAUUUUAAACCUUUAUACUCCCCUGAAUGAAUUUGAAGAACGAGUAACAGUGUCAUUCAUACGAACAAUCCAGGCACAACUACAAGACCGGAACGACCCUCAGCAGCUGCUGUUAGACUUCAAACACAUGUUUCCUGUCUUGUUUCCAUUUAAUCCAUCUUCUCUGACUAUGGACUCCAUCCACAUUCCAGCAUGUCUCAACCUAGAAUUCCUCAAUGAAGUCUGAAGGUGAACCUUUCCAGCAUCAGCUCAAUUUCCAGUGAGCUCAGCAAGGAAACACAUGCAGUUGUGUGAAACUUAGGACCUGUUAAAUCCAGUAAAAGUGGAUCAAAUAAGAAAUGGAGAGAGUGCUAAACUAAGAAUAAAACACAUCUCUGUCAUUAAUUUUUGUAUCUACUCAGAAUAAAAACACUUGAAAUAUG